GCCACGUCCCAAGUGGAGCGGACGCGGAUCCCCUCGGAAUUCCCGUCAGGAUUCCCGUCAGGAUUCCCGUCCCCUCAGGAUCCCCUCUCCCGCCGCCAUGGGCUCCUCCCAGAGCGUCGAGAUUCCCGGCGGAGGCACCGAGGGCUACCACGUCCUGCGGGUACAAGAGAAUUCACCAGGACACAGAGCUGGACUGGAGCCCUUCUUUGAUUUUAUUGUUUCCAUCAAUGGUUCAAGAUUAAAUAAAGACAAUGACACCCUCAAGGAUCUGCUGAAAGCAAAUGUUGAAAAGCCUGUCAAAAUGCUUGUCUACAGCAGCAAAACACUGGAGCUGAGGGAAACGUCCGUCACUCCUAGUAACAUGUGGGGUGGCCAGGGCUUGUUGGGCGUCAGCAUUCGUUUCUGCAGCUUCGAUGGAGCCAAUGAAAAUGUCUGGCAUGUAUUGGAAGUCGAAUUGAAUUCUCCGGCUGCUUUGGCUGGUCUUAGACCUCACAGCGAUUACAUCAUUGGAGCGGAUACUGUCAUGAAUGAGUCUGAAGACCUGUUCAGCCUUAUUGAAACCCACGAAGCAAAACCGUUGAAACUGUAUGUGUAUAACACAGACACCGAUAAUUGUCGAGAAGUGAUAAUCACACCAAAUUCCGCUUGGGGAGGAGAAGGCAGCCUAGGGUGUGGCAUUGGAUACGGCUACUUACACCGAAUACCUACUCGCCCAUUUGAAGAGGGAAAGAAGAUUUCUCUUCCAGGACAGAUGGCCAAUGCACCCAUCACACCCCUGAAAGAUGGAUUUACAGAGGUUCAGUUGACUUCGGUUAAUCCUCCGUCUACAUUAGCACCUGGAACAGCAGGAAUUGAACAGACUUUACCCGGACUUUCUCUUGGCGCAACCCCUUCAAAUGUCAAUAAUGUCCUCAAUACAGGUGUCCCAACAGUUCCAUUAUUGCCAUCACAAGUGACCCAAUCCAUCCCACCAGUGCCACCACUGAACCCAGCAACAACGUUACCAGGUCUGAUGACUUUACCAACAGGACUUCCAAACCUGGCCAAUCUCAACCUCCCCGCCCCACACUUAAUACCCGGGGCCGGCUUACCGGAAAUAAUGCAUCCUGGCUUGCCCCCACUUCCACCUCUGCCUCCCCUUAACUACGCUGGAAUCACCCCUCUGCCCCUGACUCCUGAUUGUCUUCCACUCUUCCCCGUGGGGCCCGAGGUGUCUCCUGCGGCACCGGCCGAGCUCCUGUCCUCUCUUCCUCAAGUAGGCAGCUUACCUUCCGAGCCUGUCUCUUCCCCAGCCAGAUUAGAACAGUCCUCUCCCCUCUCCUUGGAUACUGCUACUCCCACUUCAAAGGCGGUUUCCACUGUCGAAGAGAGAGGGAAUGAACCCAGCACGGUCAGUGAAAAGCCAGUUUCCGCAGUCACGGAUGCAAGUGCGUCUGAGUCACCUUAACUCCGAACCAUUUCUUUUGGCUUGGUAUAUUUAUUUAGCCACAGGAGCGUGUUUGAAAAAAUGCAGACUAUCAUUAAUUUCAUACUAGUUUGUACCGUCUCUGUAGGAGCCUUGUAAAUAAUUCUAAGGGUAUAAAGAUAUAAGCGAAGCCCUUGAGCUUUAUGCGGUGGAGGGUGGGAUACAAAAAAGUUCCUUUGCUCAACAUCAACCAGACAUGAAGGUGAAAGGUAGCCAGGCAAUGUAGGCUUCCACUGCCAAAUUUGCAGCUGCCCAUCGCAGGCAUAGGCUGAGAACUGAAGUCUCCAAAGCCCUUCCAGCAGCUCUAAGGAAAUGAAACUGUGGAUGUGGCACCUGCAUUGUUUCCUGUGUGUGUAAACAACUUGAAAGAAUAACCACAUCACUACUGCCCGGUGGCAGAGUAAACAACACUAGGUAUAUUUUAACAUUUACAAGGGACAUUCAACUCAAGAUGUUUCAGUUACACGAUGGGCACUGUUGUUAAUUGAGCGUCUUUUUUUUUUUUAAUCCAGCCUGUGCACCAAUCAACCUCUGUUUUGAGCUCUUAAGAUUACUCAGACAACAUUUUGUAACUGCUGCUGCUGCUGUGUUGCUUUCCAAGUCCACUCUAAAAUGGCAUUUGAAAGAAAAUAAAGGAAAGGCUGUGCAGUUUCAAACCAGAAGAUGGCACUUGAGCCUCUUUGUAAAAUAAUACCUAUAUUGGGGCGACACGCAUACAGCAAUAAAUGACUGUAAUUUUA